GGGGCUGAGCUGAGUCUGACAGUAUGUCAGGAACAAAAUCCCCCACCUCUAUCUAUUAAAAGGACUGUACUCACACUCCUCUCUUCCUUUCGCUCUUUCCUUCCCUCACGUACAGACUUCUCUCUCUUUUUUCUGGAUUCAAUUUGAUCUCUCUCUCUCUCUCUCUCUCACUAGGGUUCUUUGCUGGAUUUUGGGUUUGGCGUUCGGCUUGCUGGAUCAUUGGUUCGCCACUCAUGUUCUUGUUCUUGGCAGGAAGAGAUUGUGACUCAAGUAUAUGAUCAUGUCAAACUCCAAAUUUGAGAUCUAAUCGUUUCUAUAUGCCUGAGUCGCGAUGCAUCCAGUACCGUGUCUAAUGCAGUCGCAUUGCCCAAGCAGUGGCAUAGUUGGGCCAACUAAGUUGUUUUCUGCCAACUGUGGCAAUUAUGGGAAAAGGUUAGUAAGUGGUCCUAAAAGAUUGGACGUUGCAAAACAGGCAAUGUUCAAUGGACGACAGGUGAAAUAUGUAAGAAGGAUUUCUUAUGGGCCUCACGUAUUGAAAUCAGUGGCCAAUUCAGAUGUUUCUGUUGUGAAAGCAUCAGAAAAUAUGGCUACAUAUCGAUUUUGGAUGGAAAUUGGUGGUCAAUUGAGAGCCCUCGUCAAAAGGAAGAGUAACAACAAAUAUGGACUUUAUGUUGAAGUUGAAUCCUCGCAGCUUUAUGAGGGACACAGUGAGCUGGUUAUGAUCUGGGGGCUGUUUAGAGCCGAUUCAACAAAUUUUAUGCCGCUGGACUUUCAACGAUCAAGUGCUGAUAGCAAAUAUAGUACCAUCGAGACCCCAUUUGUGAAAGAUUCUAAUGGUAGGUUAGCUGUUGAGUUGGAUUUUGAGGAAAGUUUAGCGCCUUUCUAUGUCUCAAUUCUAUUAAAGUCCAAAAUAGGUUCUAAUUCAAAAAUCUCAACUAUCAGAAGCUUAAGGAAAACAAAUUUCAUUGUGCCAGUUGGUUUUGGCUCUGGGUAUCCCUCCCCAUUGGGCAUCUCUUUUUCAGAUAAUGGUUUCAUAAACUUUGCCUUUUUCUCACGCGAUGCUGAACGUGUUGUUCUAUGUCUAUAUAUGGACAACACAUUAGAGAAACCUGCUUUAGAGAUUGAUCUGGAUCCAUAUGUCAAUCGGUCAGGUGAUAUUUGGCAUGCAUCAAUAGAUUCUUCUAUGCCCUUUGUGAGCUAUGGUUAUCGUUGCAGGAGUGCUACUGAUAACAAAGGGCAUCAUGUUCUGUUGGAUCCGUAUGCUAAGGUUAUUGAAGACCUUGGGUUGGGUUUGCCAAGAAAAUGCCUUGGAAAAUUGUACAAGGAACCUGCAUAUGACUGGAGCGGUGAGUUCCAUCCUAGCUUACCGAUGGAAAAAUUAAUUAUUUAUAGAUUGAAUAUUACAGGUUUCACCAAAAAUAAGUCUAGUAAGUUACCAGGUGAUAUUGCUGGAACUUUCUCCGGUUUAUCAGAGAAAUUGCAUCAUUUCAAAGAUCUUGGUGUCAAUGCCAUCCUAUUAGAGCCAAUCUUCCCUUUCGACGAGAAAAAGGGACCCUAUUUUCCGUGGCAUUUCUUUUCUCCUGAAAGGUUGUGUGGACCUACUGGCGACCCAACAACUGUUGCUCAAUCCAUGAAGGAGAUGGUAAAGAAGUUGCAUGGCAGUGGAAUAGAGGUCUUACUGGAAGUUGUUUUCACCCAUACAGGUGAGGGUUGCGCACUAAGAGAUAUUGAUAGUUCUUAUUAUCAUACCGAAGGGGGGGACGACUUGACAUCUAGAAAUGCAUUAAAUUGCAAUUACCCCAUCGUCCAACAAAUGGUCUUAGAGAGCCUCCGUUAUUGGGUGAUUGAGUUUCAUAUUGAUGGAUUCUGUUUCAUCAAUGCAUCUCAUCUCAUGAGAGGUUUCCAUGGUGAAUUUCUUUCACGCCCUCCUUUGGUUGAAGCUAUUGCUUUUGAUCCCGUACUUUCAAAAGCCAAGAUAAUAGCAGACUCGUGGGAUCCACACGAGAUGGAGACAAAGGAAAUAGUAUUCCCUCACUGGAAGAGAUGGGCGGAGAUGAAUGCAAAAUUUUGUGUAGACGUGAGAAACUUCUUGAGAGGUCAAGGUCCUAUAAGCAACCUUGCAACUCGGCUUUGUGGUAGUGGGGAUCUCUUUUUGGGUGGUCGAGGACCAGCAUUCUCUAUCAAUUUUAUUACAAGAAAUGUUGGACUUACUCUUGUGGACUUAGUCAGCUUCAGUAGUAGUACAUUCGGAUCAGAAUUGAGUUGGAACUGUGGGGAAGAAGGCCCGACGAAUAAAACUCUUGUGUUAGAGAGGCGACUUAAACAGAUCCGGAAUUUCCUUUUCAUUUUGUUUAUCUCUUUGGGCGUUCCCGUCCUUAACAUGGGAGACGAGUGUGGCCAAUCCACUGGAGGCUCCCAAGAAUAUGCUGACCGGAGACCUUUGGAUUGGAAUGCUUUGAGAUCAGGAUUUGGUACUCAGGUCACACAGUUUAUUUCAUUUUUAAGCUUGUUGAGAAGAAGGCGAAGCGAUAUCCUUCAAAGGAGGAGCUUCUUAAAGGAAGAUAACAUCGAAUGGCAUGGAACUGACCGAACCCCACCUAUGUGGGAUGAUCCCUCAUGCAAAUUUCUAGCUAUGACUUUGAAGGCUGAUGCAUUACCAAGCCAGGUGACAUCUGGUUCUCCAAAUGCAGGUGGUGACUUAUUCGUUGCCUUCAACAGUGCCAAUCAUUUACAGAAAGUUGCUCUCCCACAACUUGCAGUCGGUUCCACUUGGGUUCGACUGGUUGAUACUGCACUUCCUUUUCCUGGUUUUUUCACUGUGGAUGGUGUUCCUCUUGACGCCGGUUUAGCAACAUAUGAGAUGAAGUCUCAUAGUUGUAUAUUAUUUGAAGCUCGAAAAUUGUAGUUGCCUCAUGCUAUAAUUUCCAGAAGGAAUUUGUAUAUUUGUCCCCAUUUUGUCCAUUAAUGCUCAAAUAAAGAGUGUGCUACUUGCUCUA